UGUAAGAAAGGGCUGGAAUAGAAACAAAAGUAGCAAAAGUCAGAAGAGAAAAUGUCUAGCAUUAAGAAUUCUUGCUUAUGGUGCAGAGACACAUAUCAGAGCAGAGCUGGUAAUGGGAAGCAGGCACAUUGGGUACAUGUAGGGGGAAGCAAAUUCUAUGGGAACAUUAAGAUGAUCUCUGUAUUAAUAGGACAGAGAAAUAUCAGUGCAUGAUGGGAUCUGUAGUCUUAUCACAAGCCAGCCCUGACAUUAUAAGUAAUACAACUGUAACUACCUAAUAUUGACAGCAUUUUCCCCUCUAUAAUAUGUGUAAGGUACCCUUGGCUGUAGGAGUUGCUGUGUUACUCAUUAUAUUUUUAGCUCCAGCUAUUCUUCAAAAUUCCCACAUAUAUAUUUGUGAGCCAGGGGUUUAGAGAUACCAGAGCAGGAAUUGGGUUUCGUUUCCACAGUUCCAGAGGUAAACCAGCAGCAAAUAAGCGCUGGAACUGGUGUAUGUGGUAUACUGGUAUUUUAAAUACUAAGAUUCCUAUAUGAAUGUACCAUUUAAUGACCAAAUGUACUUUCCUUAUCCUUUCAGGUUCUAUGCUGCAUGUAUAACCCUAGGUCUGGAGGCAAUACACACCAAGAAUGUUACACACAGAGAUUUAAAACCAGGAAAUCUCUUGAUGGAUGAAGGUGGGUAUCUAAAGAUUGCGGAGUUCGGAAUGAGCAAAACAGACAUCGGAUAUGGAGACCAAGCCAACACCAUGGUUGGAAGUCCGGCUUAUAUGGCGCCAGAAAUUGUAAAGGAGGAAGAGUACACAAGAGCUGUUGACUGGUGGGCUCUUGGCGUCAUUGUUUAUGAAAUGCUCCUUGGGACGGUAGGCAAAAAAUUGCCACUGGCCAGUUGAAGGGGGUUGGAAAAUAGAAUGAAAUGUGUCUUCUGUUCUUUAUCUAACCUUAUAAACACUCUGUAUACUAAACCUGGCUCCUCAUAAAUUCCCAUUUCAGAGACCCUUCACUGGAUAUGACAGG